UGGUGACAAAGCUGUCACAAAACUGUCCCAAAACAACAAAUAUUUGCACAAUCAUUGUUCAUUGUUUUGAUUUUUGUGUUAUUUUUGCACUUUUCUCGGGAAAAUCGUGAAAAUUCUCAUCAGAGAGUGCGUGAAAAUGGUUUCCCUGUAUGUUGGUUUGCGUUUCCCUGAAGAAACAUACAGCAAUUACGAGAGAUUUAUCGUGAAUAAUGUCGUUUUAUCGAGCAAUUGUGAUGAAUUGAGGACAGAAGUUGCCAGGAAAGUGAAGAUUGCAGCUCAAGAAAUUGAACUAAUUUACUGCGGAAGACCCCUCAGCAAUGGACAGAGCUUGGAGAGUCAGGGCAUAAAGCCAGGCGUAACGAUUCAUGCCAUGCAGAAAUACCCCGAAAGUAGCUCCCCAAAGCGCCCCAGUUUCACAUCGAAGCAAAAGGGGCAGAUUUCCAUGCAGUUCCGGACGCUUUUGAGUAGUCACUUUCAGCGAAUCUCCCGUCCGGAAGUUUUGCAGGAGAUUCUCGAUGAAUACCCCGGGUUCUACAGCAAUCUCGGGGCUUUGGCCUUCCUGAGGGACCCCAUUCUGCUGUCCUCAAUUCAGGAUGUCGAUAACAUCGAUAAGAUUCUCGAGAAUUACAGCAUUGUCAUUGAGGCGGCGCCCUUUAUUGCAAAAGUCCUGAAGGGAGCUGAAAAAACAAAAGCAGACACCCCACAGGAAGGCUACGCGGGGGAUGAUCAACUGUCAGACUCCUCAUCGAGCUCCGACAGCAUCCUACCCUCCACAUCGACUUCCGGAACCGCGAGAAGCACCCCAAGGCGCAUAACACGCCAACAAUUGGGAGCUGCUCUCGCUCUGGCCGAAUACACAUCCCGGAAUUCCUUGUCAAACAUCGCCCAGAGGAAUCUCGAUGAGAACACCGAAUCCGGAGAACCAAAUCCCGCUCCGGGACCCUCAAACUCCUCACGCUCCGGUCCCAUUUCCACAUCAAUGCUCAAUGAUGUUCUCUCGCGCAUCUCAUCACCUCCUGGUGCUGCUCAGCAAACCCCCGAAGCCACCCCGGCUGCCCAACCAGUAGCCCCGGCACAACAGUACGCCGCUGAAUUGCAGAGAAUGCGCGAAAUGGGCUUCCUGGAUGAUCAAGUCAACCUCCAGGCGCUUCAGCUGUGCAACGGAGACGUCGAGACGGCCAUCAACCUCGUCUUCAGCGAUGAACUCUAAACCACAAACUCUCAGAACAACAAAACACCCAUAAAAAAUGCUCUGUACAUACAAAAAAAUGUUUAAUUAUAACUCUUUAUUUUGCUGCUCA